AUGGGCGAUGCGCGGGGGGACGACAGGGACCGGAGGAGGCGCCGGAGCCGGAGUCGAGGCCGCGACGGCGACGAUCGCGACGGGCGGGACAAGGAGUCGUCGCGGAGUCGCGCGCGGACGAGGUCGAAGAAGAUCGAGGGUGCGUCCAGAUCCCGCAGCAAGGAGCGGCGCAAGGGCGGAGGACGCGACAGGGAACGCGACAAGGACAGGCGGAGGCGCCGGGGUCGCUCGGACUCGCGCGAGAAGAAGCGCCGGCGCAGGAGGCGCCGCUCCUCCUCCUCGUCAUCGUCGUCGUCCUCCUCCUCGUCGUCAUCAUCGUCGUCGUCGUCGUCGUCGUCUGCCGACGCGAGGCGGAGGAGGAAGGACGCGUCGAACGACGACAAAACCCGCGAAGAAACCCGCGCGAAGCUCCUCGCCACCGUCACCGCGCUCGACGCCAAGGUCGGGGACCUUCCCGGCACCAAGCACUCGCACCAAGCACCGACCGACCCAAACAACCCACCCCUCGUCGACGACGGCAAGGCUGGAUACAUCGUCUCCGCGGAUGGAUCGCACAUGACGUUCUUCGGAGGCAGAGGCGGGUCGGAGGGCGCGGGGUUCGGCCUGAGGGGGACCGCGGGCGGGGACGCCGCGGACGCCGUUCGCGAAGAGGCCAAGGGCAAGAGGGGGAUGAACGCCGCGAUGGUCGACGCGCUCCUCCUGCACAAUAAGGUGAGGUGGCGCGACGAUACCAAACCGGCGCGCCGCGUGCACAUCGGCAACGUCAACGCGGGAGUUAAGGCGGAGGAGUUCGCGCGGGUGCUCGAGACGCGCAUCAGGACGCUCAGCCCCGAGGCGGUGCCGUGGCACUACCCGCUGGACAAAAGAGGGCGCGUGGACGAGCGCAGGGCGCCGGGGACGAGGGUCAUCGAGCACCUCUACCUCAACGACAAGGGAUUCGGCUUUUUGGAGACGACGGCGCUGGAGGACGUGCCCGCGAUUCUCGCCCUCAACGGCGUUCGCGUCAACGGCGGCGUCACGCGUUUUCGACGUCCCAAGGACUACGACCCGGACAAUAACCCGCUGGUCCGCGACGGUUCGUAUCGCGACGUGUUCCAAAGGGUUUUCACCGCGGUGUUGUCGGACGAAGUCGUGGAUUCUCCGACGAAGGUUUUCGUCGGCGGCGUCGAACCGAGGGCGCUGACGAAGCUGGACCUCCUCGAGAUCGUCUCGUCCUUCGGCGCGCUCACAGCGUUUCGAUGCGAGACGGACGGCGCGGGUCUGUGCCGCGGCUUCGCGUGGAUGGAGUACGCAGAGGGCGAGUCGGUUGCGGCGAAGGCGGUUGCCGGAUUGAGCGGGUACCAGCUGAGGGGUAAGCCGAUCGCGGCGGCGCUGGCGACGCCGCGCGCCGAAGCUGCGAGAACGCGUGGGGAACGGAGGUACACGUACGAGGUACCGCCCGAGGUGGAGCCGCUGCUGAAGCCCCCGCAGAGGGUUUUGGCGUUUUCGAACGUCCUUGUUCGAGGGGGCUCGAGGGAGGACCGAGCGGCGGCGACGGAGGAUACCCUCGCCGAGUGCGACGGGUUCGGCAACGUCCUCUCGACGCACGUCGUCGACGGGGGUGCCGAGGGUGCCGAGGGUGCCGAAGAGCUGGACGCGGUUCGCGACUGCCUGUUCGUGGAGUUUGCUAGGGUGGAGACGGCGACGAUCGCGGCGCACGCGUUCCAUCGCAGGGAAUACGACGGUCGCGUCGUCGAGUGUCGGUUCUUUCCGUUGACGGAGUACCAGCGGAUGUUCGGAAAGGGUUUCCCGCCCAGGACGGUGGAGGAGAAGCAGGCGGCGGCGUUGAAGAUGAUGGACUAUUUGGCGGGCACCGCGGGGUCCGGGACCGGCAGGCUGGCGGCGUAG